AUGUCAAAAAAAGUUGAAAUUUCCCCAUCAUUAACUUCAUUUAUUUAUGAAGAUGAGAAAUGUAAAAAAUCAUUAACUGAAAAAAAGUUCAAAGAGAUGAAAAAGAAUGAAAUGUCAUUAUCAGAUUAUGAGGCAGAUGAUGAAGUUCAAAAUCUAAUUAUUCACCAAAAUAGUGAAAAAAACUAUCGUCAUAACAGGAGAAGAUAUGAGGACAAAGAUAUGAAAGACUUAAAAUAUAAAUAUUAUAAAAAUUUGCCCUCUAACUUUAGUGAAAGUGAAGAAACUAGGGAGAUAAUAGAAACUGAUAAUAUAAAGGAAAAUAAUAGUUGCCAGGAGGAGGAGGAGUGUGAUGAUGAAAUAGAAGAUGAGUUUUUAGAGGUUGACAAGAAUUAUAGUUAUAUAGCUUUAGAAAUGGCACCAAAUAAAAAUCAAAUUCUUCAAUAUUUAUCUACCACUAAUUAUGGGAGAAUAAAAGGUAGUAAAGGAAAUGAUAUUCAGUUAACAGAUAUAAGUGGUUUUCCAUUAAUUGAUGUUUGGAAAAAAAAAGAAUGUUUUAGGUCAAAAUGGAUAUUAGAAUCGUAUGGUCGAACAGUUUUACAAAUUGUAGAUUUUGAUAAUGUUUCAUCAAAUUAUUGUUUUAUUGGUAAUUUUUUAACUAGUUGUGGUAAUUUUAAUAAUAAUAAUAAUAAUGGUAAUUCAAGUUUUUUUGGAUGUAAUACUGCCUGUGAAAAUGAAAUAAAUCUACCAACAAAUAUCAAAAAUACAAAUUUUAAUCUUUCAAAAAAUUAUAAAAAUAAUAAUGAAAUUGAUUUAUAUGAUGAAGAGAUUGUAGUUAAUAAUAAUAAAAAUCAUUGUAAAAUGUCAAAAGGAAAAAAUAAUAAACAUGAUAAAGUAAUAGAAAUGGAAAAUAAAAACAGUAAAUGUGCCACAUCUCCCUCCAACAAUGAUAUUAACUUUUUAAAUAAAGAAUUAUGUAAAAAAUAUACAGUUAUGACAAGUGAUGGUGAAAUAUUGGGAUAUUUCAUGAAAGAUUGUAAAAAUUUUAUUCUUUUAAAUUCACCUCCAUCAACUGAAGAAAAUAACCAAAAUGUAUUUGAAUCAUCUACCUUAAAAGGACAAAGCAAUUUUAAUGGCAAGAAAACACCAUUAAAUAAAAGUGUUGUAAAAUUACUUAAUAAUGGAACUUUUUCAAAUAAUGUCUCUAAUCGUAAAACUCCAGAGACCUCUUCGACAUCUUUAAGUCAAAGUCUUAAAACAGAAACAAUUAAUGGAAAAGAGGGAGAUAAUGGAAAUGAUAAGAAUGAUGUAAAAGAAGAAGAUACAUCUUUUAUUGUUAAGGAAAUUGCAAUGGAAAGUGGGAAAGAGAAAGUGGGUAAGAAAAAACAGGCAGCUAUAAAUGAAAAUGUAUUCGUAAAAGCUUCAACUUGUGAUAAUGUUGUAUAUAAUGAUAAAAAGUAUGAAAAAACAAAAUCAAAUACAACAAAUCAACAAAUAACAUCAGUAUGGGAUUGUUAUGAAAUUUCUUCAGAACCUUCAAAUUCUAAUGGUAGAAAGAUUGCCAAAUUUGUAGAAAAUAAAUAUAUUGAAUUUCUUUCAACACCUAUAAAAUUUUCAUUAAAAAUUUUAAUAAUAGCAGCAAGUUUACAAUUAUCAUCAAUGGAUAGUGAAUUUUGUGAAUGGAAAGAAGAAAACAGGCAUUCUUAUGGUUGUAAUAUAAUGUAA